AUGCAACACGUGUUCCUUAAGAAGUACCUCACCAUAGGGAAAACAAACCAAAUACAAAAAGCCAUAACUGGUUUUUCACAAAUAGAAGGAGAACCUUUUCAUGAAACUAGGGAAAGGAUGAAGAACCUUCUACAGAAGUGUCCACAUCAUGCUGUUCCUAAGUGGCAGCUUAUUCAAUGUUUCUAUGAUGGCUUAACUGAGCCUCAUAGACAAAUGGUAGAUGCCUCCUGUGGAGGUACUUUCAUGUUAAAGAGUGAAGAUGAUGUAUUGAUCAUUUUUGAAAAUCUUGUUGAGAAUUCUUUACACCAUUCAUCAUCCAGUCAUAUGGCACCUGCGUCUAAGAACCAAAGAAGUGAGAAAUUUUUUGAAGUAAGCCAUCCCUUAGAUAUGACUACUAAGGUAGAUGCUUUAUCAAGAAAAUUAGAUCAAAUUAUAGCCGCUGGUUUCGCACCUAUGACUGCCCCUCACAUCCCUCCUCCACAAGAAGCAUGCUCAUUUUGCUCAAAUCCAUCGUAUCAGGCGAAAGAUUGUUCCAUCAUUGGACAAUUUUAUGAAGUUCCUCAUGAGCAAGUGAAUGCAGCCUUCUCCAAACCGGUUAAUGAUCCAUAUUCUCAUUCAUAUAACCCGGGAUGGAGAAAUCACCUGAAUUUCUCUUGGCAAGCUCAAGCUCCAGGGAACUCAGGACCUUUUUACCAGUCAGCUCCUCCUCCUCCUAGAAAUUCUGCUUUUGAGGAGAAAGUAUUGACUGCACUUGGCAACUUGGAAGCAAAUACUCAAAUGCUGAAUUCUCAUUCCUUAUUGAUUGACAAGUUAGAAGGUCAAUUUGGGCAGCUGGCAAAGCACUUAACUAGAGAAGAGAAGGGAAACUUCCCUCCCAACCAGAAGCCAACCCCAAGGGACAAUACAUGGUCAAUGAGAGUGCUUUUGGCAGCACCACCCAUGAACAAGUCCAAGCAGUUACAACCUUAA